AUGAUAAUUAAAUAUUAUAUAAUUUAUUUAUUUAUUAUUAAUGAUAUAUUAUUAAUAUUAAAUAAUUUCAUUUAUGUCUAUUCAAUAAAUAAUCAAUUAUUCAAUGAAAAAUCAAUGAAAAAAUCAAUAAUCAAUCAUACAAUGUUAAUAAAUAAUAAUAAUCAUAAUAAUAAUGGUUAUUGGUUUAAUAAAGGUAUAGAAUAUCAUUUAUGUACUCAAUCUAUAAUAAAAAAUUAUAAUUAUUUAUUAUUUAUUAAAAAUCAAUAUAAAGAUUGUGAUAAAUUAUCAAUACAAUUAUUAAUAAAUAAUAAAAUUGAUUUAAUCAAUAAACAUAAUAAUAAUAAUCAAUUAAAUUAUGAAUUAUUAAUGAAAAAAAUUAUAUGUAUAUUACAAAAAAUUAAUUGUCCUAUUAAUGAGAAAUCAUUUCAAGUAAGUCAAUAA